AUGUCCAGCAUGCAGAAACAACUUUCGCUCAUUCUUCUGCGACUUUACGUGCUCGCCGUACCAAGGCUCGUUCGUAAACGUCACGUCGACGCAGCAGACCACGUCCAAGCAGACAGCCAUCAAGACGUCAAAUUCGGACCAUCCGGAUACGCAAUGGAUUUCAUUGGAGGGGGUGCCAAGGACUACCACGGGUUUCUCAAAUUUCUGGGAGAUGAAAAGGCGCUUGGAAGUCCGUUCCAGAUUGACUUUCCAGACCGCGCGCCGGAUGGAUUCAUCCAACUAAGCCGUCUACCCAGGAAUUGUGCCGAUGCCGAUCUGGGGAGUAAAUGCGCUUGCAUAGACUGCCCUACGGUAUGCCCUGCACUCCCAUACCAACCCACACCAGAAGAGGCGGCCAGGUCUUGCCAUGUCGGCCCUCUCUCGUGUCUCACCUUUGUCCUUCUAAUCGCAUACGGACUUGCAGUUCUCUCCUUCCUUCUAGGUCUCACGAUCGAGAGACUUGUGAGGAAGAAGAAGGACCGAGCCUACGAGCGCGUCGCGCUGUCGGAGGACACUUCUUCCUUGCUCAACAUCCAAGGUGCGAAUUCCCACCCAGUACACGCCUCUGCGAGCGCAAAUGGUGGAAAUCGACAUUCUCUGGUCGGUGCAUCCUCUUUGGCGCUCUACUUUGACGGGGAAGAGUCUGCCGCUCCAUCAGACCCCGCCAGACAUCAUCUGGGCCGAGGUGCAUCACUUUUGGAUCCAAUGGAGACCGCCCAACCACGUCAGUAUCGAUUGAACACCCUGUUUCGACGCUUUUUCUAUCGUAUAGGAUACAUAUGCGCCUAUUAUCCAUGGCUCACUUUCGCCAUCACUUUCUCCAUCUUUGCCGGCCUCAACUACGGUUGGAAGUAUUUCCAGGUGGAGACAGAUCCUGUACGGUUGUGGGUGGCACCCACAUCGGAGAGUCGAAUCCAAAAAGAGUUCUUUGACGAGCACUUUGGGCCAUUCUACAGACCGCAGCAAAUCUUUGUGACGGCUCCGGCCAGCGAUCCAUCUCUCACCGGGCCGGUCACCAAUUCUUCGACUGUGGCCGAAAAACUUCAACCAGUCCUCUCCUGGGACAGGCUCGUGUGGUGGGAUCGAGUCGAGAAGGAGAUUGCGGCCUUGGAAACGGAUGAAGGCAUCACGCUGCAUGACGUGUGCUUUAAGCCUGCAGGGCCAUCUGGAGACUGCGUGGUACAGUCUGUCAUGGGCUGGUUCGGAGACCUGGAUGAUUGGGACAAGGACUCAUGGGAGGAGCGUGUUCUAUCCUGCGCCGAGUCACCCGGAGACCCGGAGUGUCUUCCACCCUUUCAGCAGCCCCUGUCGCCUUCGCUCAUUCUUGGCGGCGUAGAGGGCAACGAUUAUCUCAACGCCAAAUCCUUGGUCGUUACCUAUGUCUUGGAUAACUCCCUCAACGAGACUCUUGUUCAGCGUGCUGAAUCAUGGGAGAGGAAACUUCGACAAUACCUGGCAGAAGUCUCUCAAGUCUCCCCAGUAAAGGCUGGCGCACAAGUCUUCUUCUCUACCGGCGUCUCUUUGGAGGAGGAGCUCAACAAGAGUACGAAUACAGACGUUCGUAUCGUCGUGCUGUCGUACCUCGUCAUGUUCGUCUACGUCUCCCUCACCCUGGGCGGCAAUUCAUCUCGCUCGGACGAAGGAAGCGUAAUUGGCUCAAUAUUAAGUUGGUUCUUCAACAUCCCUCGUCUUUUCCGGAAGAAGAAUGUCGAUUCAUCUGACCCGCGAUCAACACCGACAUGGUACCCCAGACUACCUCGACAGGCAUUCAUUGGGUCCAAGUUCUUCCUGGGACUAUUCGGCAUCUCCUUGGUGAUUCUUUCUGUCGCGGCGUCGGUCGGGCUGUUCUCCUUCUUGCAAGUGAGGGUAACUCUGAUCAUCGCCGAAGUCAUUCCAUUCCUCGUGCUUGCAGUGGGAGUGGAUAAUGUCUUUAUUCUCGUACAUGAAUUAGACAGGCAGAAUACACUUCACGGACCCAAUGCGCACAAUCCCGCCCUCGCAGCGCAUUCCGGAACGCAUCACGCACCGUUAUCCCCCACCUCUUUCCGAUCGCCUUUCGCAUCCACCCACGACGAAUCCGAUGGUGACGGAGAUUCUAUGCCAAUUCAUCUUCCAGCAGAGGAGCGUGUCGCACGAGCCGUGGCGAAGAUGGGACCAUCCAUUCUUCUUAGUACAACAACAGAGACGGUAGCAUUUGCACUCGGCGCUAUGGUGCCUAUGCCGGCAGUCCGAAACUUUGCGCUCUACGCGGCCGGAAGUGUGUUCCUCAAUGCACUCUUGCAAAUGACUGUUUUCGUGAGCGCGAUGACGAUCGAUUUGAGGCGUGAAGAGGCAAAUCGGUUAGACUGCUUCCCAUGCAUUCGAAUCCCACCCCGGAUAGCUCUCACAGAUGGCCAUGUCUCGACCGGAAAGAUUACUCGCUUCUUCAAGAGAAAGUAUGGGCCAUUUAUCCUCCAGCGGAGUGUGAAAGGCGUCAUUCUGCUCUUCUUUGGUGGUAUCUUUGUGGCAUCCAUAAUUGCGAUUCAGAACAUAUCUCUUGGUCUUGACCAACGACUUGCACUUCCAUCGGACUCAUACCUCGUGCCGUACUUUGACGCAAUGGACAAGUUCUUGGAUGUUGGGCCGCCGGUUUACUUUGUCUCGACCGACGUCGAUGUCAAGGCACGAAGUGGACAACAGAAACUCUGUGGUCGCUUCACUACAUGCAAGGAGACUUCUGUCGCCAACAUCCUCGAGGGUGAGCGCAAGCGACCGGAGUCUUCGUUCAUCUCCGAGCCCACUGCUUCAUGGAUUGACGACUUCUUGAAAUGGACCGAUCCUGUUCUCGAGUCCUGCUGUCGAGUCAAAAAGGCGGACCCUUCGACGUUCUGUCGUCCAUCUGAACCAGCAGGAAGAUGCCGACCUUGCUUCGAGGGCUCGACUCCGCCAUGGAACGUGACCAUGGAAGGACUUCCAGAGGGGCCGGAGUUUAUGAGGUACCUCGAACAAUGGUUGAAGUCCCCAACAGACGAAGAGUGUCCAUUGGGUGGACAAGCCGCGUAUUCGUCUGCGGUCGCACUGUCAACCGAUCGUUCUACCGUCGUUGCUUCGCACUUCCGUACAUUCCACGCACCGCUCAAGACGCAGAGUGACUUUAUCAACGCAUUUGCAGCAUCUCAUCGCAUUGCCGAUGAUUUAUCCGCGUCGACGGGAACCACCGUAUUCCCUUACUCACUCUUUUACGUCUUCUUCGACCAAUAUGCGCACAUUGUCUCCAUGACGCAAGAAGUGCUUGGCCUGGGACUACUAUCAGUUCUACUCAUCACAUCUAUUCUCCUCGGUUCAUGGCGAACGGGCCUCAUUGUUACUACCGUUGUAGCCCUCACAGUCGUCAACUGCAUGGGCGUGAUGGGCAUCUGGGGCAUCAGCCUAAAUGCUAUCAGUCUGGUCAAUUUGGUGAUCAGCUUGGGUAUUGCAGUUGAAUUCUGUAGCCAUGUUGCGAGGGCAUUCAUGGGAAUGGGAAGUAUUCUUCCUAUUGAUCAUCCUAACGGUCAGAGGGAACGAGAUGAAAGGAUGUGGGGAGCACUUGUGGAAGUGGGGCCUUCGGUCUUGUCGGGGAUCACCUUUACCAAACUUAUUGGAAUAUCGGUGCUUGCUUUGACUCGCUCGCGACUGCUAGAGAUCUAUUACUUCCGCAUGUGGCUCACUCUCAUUCUAUCGGGAGUUUUGCAUGGCUUAGUUCUUCUUCCCGUGAUUCUCAGUCUUGCUGGUGGUCCAGGAUAUGCCAUAGAAGACCCUGAUGCAGAGUGGAUGAGCUAUUCGAUCAGGAGGCAGGGCGAGUUUGAAUAUACGCCAUUCGUCGCCGAUUCUGACUCGCUCAGUGACUAG